CUUAGCUGUGCUAAAAAUCAUUGUACUGGGAAAAAUGGCGUCCGUCAACCCUUUUAAUCUCAGCGAUUCUGAAGAAGAGGCUGAACGACGACCCAGUGAAACAGUUGACACAGAGAGAAGUCCAAGCGACGGAGCACCGGGGCCACCGCCAAGCAACCCGUUUUCUCCGACUGCGGACGCCGAACCUCCGACGCUCCUGCUGUCCAGCAACCGUACGAGCCCCAGCGGUGAGGGCAUCCUCUCCGCGUCGGCCGCGGCUACCUCCGCGAUGGCAGGCGGCGCCGAAACGCGGAUAUCUGUGGAUGUCAUCGCCGCUCAGUUAUUAAGGGACCAAUAUAUCCUCACGGCGCUGGAGUUUCACACGGAGCUGCUGGAGGCAGGCAGGGAGCUCCCGAGGCUGAGGGACUAUUUCUCCAACCCGGGGAACUUCGAGCGACAGAGCGGCACUCCACCUGCCAGAGAGCAGGCGCUCGGACCUGGAGGACCGCUGAAUCGAGCAGGCAGUAUUAGCACCUUGGACUCUCUGGACUUUGCACGUUACUCGGAUGACGGCAACAGGGAGACAGACGAACGGGUGGCAGUGCUGGAGUUUGAGCUACGGAAAGCAAAGGAGACCAUACAGGCUCUGCGUGCAAACUUGACUCAGGCAGCAGAGAGCGAAGUGCCGUCGCAGGAGAGAAAAAACUUCAAAUCAAGUCCUGAAAUUCAGGAGUCCAUACGACCACUGGAGAAAAGAGCCUUAAACUUUCUUGUGAAUGAAUAUUUAUUAAAAAAUGAAUACAAACUCUCGUCCAUCACCUUCUCUGAUGAAAACGAUGAUCAGGACUUUGAGUUGUGGGAUGAUGUUGGUCUCAACAUCCCAAAACCCCCCGACCUGUUGCAGCUCUACAGGAACUGCGGCAGCACCCUCACUUCCCCCCGGGACAAAGUCGAUGCGUCAGUCGAGGUCGAUUUUGACGAUCUUCCUGGAAACUGCGAUGUUCAGGAGCACCUGAAGAAGCCCGACCUGUCACAACAGCAACAAACGGAAGUCGUGCAAGAGCUGGAGUACCAGCUCAACCUGCUAAACAGUGAGAAGCAGAGUUUAGCUGAGCAGAUAAAACAGCUGCAGAGUGAGAUCCAGACUCUGAAAAAGUCCGUCUCUGCCCCGCCUCCCGCCAAUCUGGACCUGGGCUUACAGAACUCAUCCCACCCCUCCUCCUCCUCCUCUACUACAAAUUCUUGCUCCACUAAUCCUCCUCCUGUGCCUCCUGCAGAUAACGGCCAGUAUUUAGAUAUCCGAGGGGUCUCUGAAGCUGAAAACAAUCUGGCCUCCGCCUCUGCUCAGAACACAUCGCAGCACCGCCAACAGUCCUGCAGCAAAGUCACAAGUCAGUCACGAGUCCAGUUCGAUCAACCAAACAGGUGA